AAAACAAGUGAUGUCAACUGAUGUUGCCAAACUAUCAUCAGUGUCAAAAUUUUACUCCCGAAAAAUGUGGCUUCGUAGUGAUAAUAUUUGUUUUUAAUAUUGUUUAAUGUAGCCUCGAAAUUCAUUAUGGACUGUUACAGCGCUGAGUCUGAAUUUAUCGAAUCACUGGACUUUUUGAGUCCGCCAGUGAAAAGGCUUCAUACUAGCAGAGAGUUUGGUAGUGUGUAUAACACUGAGGCAAACGACGUGCACUUGUUGCGAGGGCUUCGGAACAAGUUCGCUCGACGAGCGUCCAGCUCCACAAAGAAUAUUAAACCUAUUGUUAAAACUAGCACCGACUCCUCUACCUCACUGGUUCUUAAGAAAACUUCCGAGAGACAGCAGAUACUAGAACACUACUCAAUCGUAAGUUACACAAGCUUACAGCAUCCGGAAAACGAAACACCUUCCGUGUUAGAAUCGAAAAGAAGUCCGAACAUUGUUGAGAAACCUCUAAUCAAAGUCACGGUCAUACCUAAAACGGACCAAAUACAGACAUCGAAACUACUUCGGAAAAGGAGAUACGUGCCAAAGAAGAUACAGAGCACCACAUCGAACCACGAGAACUCGGUACAGACCAAGAACGUGUACUUAAUAGUAGCAGGUCGAAGGAGAGAGAAGAUAUAUGAGAUCAAGACCACAGGCAGUGCGAAGUUCUCAUCCGACCACGACAGUUACAUAAAAGAUGAUGAAAUACCCAUCAAAGAACUAUCGAAUUUCAAACAUCUGAUCCAGUCCUUAAACAUGGAUCGAAAGAAGAAGAAAGAGAAAAAGGAAAAGAAGGCAUUGAUGGACAGCAGUGAUGCUCCCCAACAGACCCAACAGACGUCUGCCGACUGGAGGUACCCGAGCUGCAAGGACUGCUUGUGUGGCGACGAAUCGAAUGAGUCGCCGAAGAAAAGUCGAGUAAAGAUCUUUGGGCAGUUCGGUAUAUCUGAAGAUGAGAAAUAUGUGCUCAGAUACGGAGCUACCAUUAACGACAAACAAGUUUUAUCAGACGUCGCUCAGCUAACGAGAGACUUUUCACCGAUUAUUGCCACAACUUCAUACGGCACCACAGACGCACAAUCAUCGUUGCAAAAAGACUCGUGCAUACAGGCUGACCAUAACGCAAGCUAUGAUAAGCCUCCUGUCGCAGAAGAACCCAGUUACAGCAAAGAAUCGCAUGGAACUCAAGUCAAUUUCAAUGUGCAGUGCAAUGUAGCUAUGAUGAAAGCGAGGAGUUCAUCAUUUUCCGACAAAAAAGUCCAGUGCAGUUACAGCUUUGGGCCCACAAAUAAGUCAGAGCAAAAUACCAUAAAAGACUGCCAGAGCCCCCUUGUCAUAAUAUCAGUUUACCCAAAAUCGAGCCCAGAAGAUACUGUGCAGUCAGCCAAUAGCCCUGAUGCUAUAAGAAGUCCUUCACCAACAAGAAUGGCAACGUACACGAGUAAUCAUGUAACGAAGACAGAGAAGACUACAAAAAGAGGUGCAUCUGAAACAAAAAAGAGAAGUCCUGCAGCUAGUCGAUCACCGUCACCUGUAAAAAAGGUUCUAGAAGAAUCAGUAAGAACACAAGUCAGUGAAAAAAAAAGUCCAGACAGGCAAAAAGCACUCAGAGCCAUAAAAGAAAAGAUACAAGAGAAGGACAAAUUAUUAAAACACGACCCUAGUCCGCGAAAGCCUCCAUCAAAGUUCAAUACGGCUAAUUCUACUCAGUUCGCCAAAAAUCAGCAGAAUAUAACUGUAUCAAAUGCAACACAAGUCUCUAAAAAAAACCCAUUGCACGCUUUGUCUAAUGCGACGCAAGUUUCGAAUAAAAAUAAUCAAGUAUACCAGGCGUCCAACGGAACACAAGUGUCUGUGAGGAAGCGGCAGACUUACACCGUGUCCAACGCAACCCAGUACUCGGAUGAGCCACAGAGUAUGGCGUCCAACGGAACGCAGUUCGUAGAUAAUAAUGUAACAGAAAGUAUACCAGAAAUAGCUCCAGUGAAACAUCCCAGGAAUAUUGUCGCCACUCCAUCUUCUAAGUAUACAAAAAAGCCUUCACCAAUGAGAUUUCCUAGAACUGCCCAGGUAUCCAAUGCUACCCAGGUACCUAAAAGUCCGCAAUUCUUUGCAAGUAACGGUACACAAGUAUCAGAAAGGGAUCCCUACGCGGGAUCGAAAUCUAACUGGACGCAAAUCUCAAAAAAACAACAAAAUCCUUAUUCGACGCGGCUGCACAGAAAUCAGGAAACUUAUACUGUACCCAAUGCAUCCCAGAUUUACGAAGAUGAGGAGUAUUCGAGAACUACUACGAACAGAAUAAAUGAAAUGGGAACUAAUACAGAGCACGUCCGAAAAAAAAGAACAAUAGUCGAGUCGUAUACAAAGCAACUAACUGAUCAAAUGAGCCAGAAGGAUUCCAUUCCCGCAAGGUUUGAUAAUUCUAAAGUUACAAUAAAUAUAGACGGCGAUGGAGAAUACUACGAUGUCUUGUUCAAUCAAGAUAAACGGUCGACAGACGUGACAAUCCGAAAGACGUUAAAAGAUAUGGGUUCACAGAAAUAUGAAGAGGAACAGGAAUGUUCAGUGUCGUUAGAGAAUUUCAUGUAUGUGCCCGAGAUUAUUGUAGAAAAAGAAGAGAGCGAACCUCAAAAUGAUUCGCAAUCGAAGUCCUUGUCUAUUUAUAAUAAUCCUACAGACGAUGAGUUUGCUAUAGACAAUCAAGUUUCAAGACUUACCAUACGAGAUAGUCUUGAGAUUUCCCACAGGCGUGAAGAUAGAGGUAUCCACAAUACCUUAAAGAACACUCAAACUUGUUUCACGGCUCAGAUUGCCACCACUCUUCCAGAUGCAACGGAAUUCUUCGCUCCAAUCAAGCACUUUAUCGGCGACGACUGUUCCAUCACUGACCCCGUCGAGAGAGAUAAACAGAUCAGGCAACUCCUUGGUGUCGAUAAAUUGAAACACAGUUUCACAGGAUCUCAGCAGGCUCGUUACUCUGACAACAGCAGUCGCAUUCCCUAUCAGUGUAUCUACAGAAAAGAAUGCAAAAAUAGUGAACUCACAGAAAUUAAUUUUGAGUUUCAAAAAGUGCUACCCUGUUUCAAGUCACGACAAUCAAAAAAUCAAGCAUCUGUUUCGAUUCAAUGCCGUCAAUCAAGCAUUUUAAGAACACCACGUAGUUACUAUUCAGUCGUAGACACUUGUGAGAAGUGUUGUGAGAGUCCUCGCCCCCUGCCGCUCCAAGUGCCCUGCGAUGACACAGUAAGUGGCAUCAGCAUAAGGACAGUACGGCGUCCGCCGCAGAAACAAGAUUCAUGUAAAAGUUUCGAAAGAGAAAAAUCUGCUAUCUAUCAGCAAUUGGUAUUAAACAGAAAUAUUCAAGUUUUCCUUCAAGUUGAUCAAUUUUCCAAGCAAAAACCCAUAAUCCUUUCACGAAAACAAUAUGAUAAAGUUAAGAAAACUAUUCAAAAAACAAUAAGUGUGAAGAAAAGUAGCCAUGACAAACGAAAAUGUAUACCUGUCAAACGCGACAGAAGCGAGGCUUACUAUGAACGCCCGGCAAGUGAGGUUUCCUUGAAAAUGAAAUCUAAAAAUAAUAAACGCCAGAAACUGUUCAGCAAACGUUCUCAGUGCACCGUGAUCAGACCACCCGAGGAUCCGUCGUGUUGUAAGCAUGGACCUGAACCUCAUGACAGAUAUCCAGGAGCUGAAGCUGCCAGGUACGAGAUGUAUGGCAAACGAGGGGGACCUGAGAUGUAUGGUAGACCUGAGGCGUAUGGUAGACCUGAGGCGUAUGGCAGACCUGAGGCGUAUGGUAGACCUGAGAUGUAUGGUAGACCUGAGGUGUAUGGUAGAUAUGAGAAAUUCGGGGAUCCAGACAAAUUUGGCAUGCGCGACAGAGAACAACGUGAGGAAAAUGAGAUGUCUCGUAAACCGGAGAGACGACUGUCUGGUAAGCGCAAAGGGUCUGGUAAACGCGAAAAGUCUGAUAAACGCGAAGAGUCUGGUAAACGCGAAGAGUCUGGUAAACGCGAAAAGUCUGAUAAACGCGAAGAUUCUGGUAAACGCGAAGAGUCUGGUAAACGCGAAGAGUCUGGUAAACGCGAAGAAUCUGGUAAACGCGAAGAGUCUGGUAAACGCGAAAAGUCUGAUAAACGCGAAAGGUCUGAUAAACGCAAUAAGUCUGAUAAACGCGAAAAGUCUGAUAAACGCGAAAGGUCUGAUAGACUGGCUGAUAAAAACGAGAAACCUGAGGAGUCACGUAACCGCGAGGAAUCUGGAAGUUCCGACAAAGUUGAUGAACCUGAGUCACAAGAAAAUCUCGAGGCGUCUCGUAAACGCAACAGAUCAUCAUCUGGUCAACGUGAAAAAUCUCCAGCGUCUAGUAAAAGCAGGAAAUCUGUGUCAUCUGGUAAACAUGGGAAAUCUGGUAAACAUAGGAAAUCUGGUAAACGUCCGAAAUCUGGGUCAUCUGGUAAAGGUGAGAAAUCUGACUCAAAGGAAGAAUCUGAAGAAUCAGGCGAACAAAAUGAACCUAAAGGGCCAAUCAAACGCCAGAAAAGUAUUGUGUCUGUUGGUGAAGUAAGAACGAAAAAACUGAAAGAAAAAGACGUCAACAGGGAAAUAAAAAUGGCACCAUUAAGAUACGAAAAAUACGCACAAGUUGAAGUCAAAUGUUCUAUAGACAAUUGUAGAAAAUAUACAGAUGACAGACUAUGGGCUCAUCUUCCGAAAUGUAAAACAGAUAAACAACAAAUGAAAAGGGAUAAGAAAAGAGCUGCGAGAGAAAAGAGAGAACAUAAAAAAUUAAGAAAAAUUAAAGUUUAUACAAUAGAUAAUUAUGAUGACAGUUCUCGUUUUGGUGCUGGUGAUGAAGAUAGCAGAUACAAUAAAAAACAUGAGCACAAGGGGGUAUGGGCGGUCGAACACACAUCUACACCAAAAAUACAACAGCGGAACGCAGAAUGUUUCACAAACAUGGACGUUGGAACAGGCGGAGACGAGGUGAACAGUAGUAGUACUUCAGAACAAGUAGAAGAUCUCGAUCGUCUAAGUGAGCAAAGAUCACCCAGUGUCUACGCACCUAGUAAUGACCAAGAACAAAGCGUGGCUGAAUGUAACGAUUCUGUAGAUAUUGAACAACAAGAGACUGAAAUGAAGACUUUUGUUUUAUUUAAUGCAGAUAAUACAAAUGAUGAUAUGAAAGAUGGUGACUACGACACACGCACUAGAAAAACUGUGUCUUCCGUAGAAAUUCGUUACGCAAGCGUUGCAUAUAUGAAGCAAGUAGCGUACUCAUCGACAGACGUCGGAGCAUUAUCCAAUUCAAGUUUAUCUCAUGUCAAAUCAUUUCAUACCAUAUUUAGAGGGCACAGGAAAUCAGCUACACCCAACCUAGGAACGUCAGCCUACUCUUUAUAUUCAGAGGAAGGCUAUAACUCAGAAAAUAAGUCUGUUAAGUAUAUAAUUGAGCCGCAGGAUUCAAAGCCAAAGCGACCGUUUUUAAGAAGAUUAAUGUCGUGCCUAGUCAUGCGGUCGGCCAGGGAUUCAGAGCUGAAGUUACCGACAGGGCCUGUACUCGAAGAUCCGCCCAGCGUCAACAGUUCUAUCGAUUCCUAUCACAUCAGCACUUCAUUAGGGGCUGUGGAAAUAAGUUCGUCGAUCUACGACACGUCAGCAUCGUUCUACAGCAACCACACAAUCCUUCCAGUGAACAGUAAAAUUAAAAGAGGUUUCUUCAGUUCAGUGAGAGGGUUUCUAACAAACCGUAAGAGUUGAUGCUGUAAUGUUUUUGACUGUUUAUUUUUAUACUUUGUACAUUUAAUGAACGUGUAUUCUUGACUGUGCUUGUCUACUGUUUUAUGAUGAAAAGUAUAUUUAAACAUAAUAA